AUGGCUAUGGCCAGCACCUUCAUACCGGGGCUGAGCCCUCAGAAUCCUCAUUAUAUCCCAGGGUACACAGGACACUGCCCGCUACUUCGGUUCAGCAUGGGCCAGACCUAUGGGCAGACGACUGGUCAGCUACUUCGAGGUGCUCCUGGCCUAGCCUGGCCCCCUGCUCGCCGCACACUUCUGCCUCCCAUUCAGCCUCCAAGAUCUCCCGAGGUUCCCAGGGGAAGCCUGCCUGUCAGGCGUGGGCACAAAAGGCUCAGUUCCAGCAUGAUCCCUGGGUACACAGGUUUUGUCCCCCAGGCACAGUUCAUCUUUGCCAAGAACUGCAGCCAGGUCUGGGCUGAGGCUCUGAAUGAUUUUACUCAGUGGCAUGGGGGACAAGGGAAUCAGGAGCUACCAAAGGAGGUCAAGGGAGAAGACGUGGAAAAAGACCAAGAGCCAAAGCCUAAGUCAGAGCUGGAGGAGGAGGAGGCAGAGCUGGGGCAGGAGGCUUCCCUCUAUUCCAUGGAUGACAGAGACCCUCACAAGUUCUUCAUGUCAGGUUUUACUGGUUAUGUGCCCCGUGCCCGUUUCCUCUUCGGCUCCAGCUUUCCUGUGCUCACCAACCAGGCACUGCAGGAAUUCGGACAGAUGUACUCACGGGGCAAACCCCAGAAGGGUCUCAAACAUCUCCCCCCACUUUCAAGGACCUACCCUCAGAACCUGGGCCUUUUACCUCAUUAUGGGGGCUAUGUGCCAGGCUAUAAGUUCCAGUUUGGCCGCACAUAUGGGCAUCUCACCCAGGAUGCUCUGGGCCUCAGCACCUUCCAGAAGCAGGUUGUGGCGUAGACACCUGGACUGCAAGUUCUCUCUUCCCUUUUCAUCUAUCCCAGCCGUCCUUUUGGAAGAGAGAGAGAGGGGCUGGAGGGUGGGGGGAGGCACAAAGAGAAUGGUUUGGAGGCCA